AAUGUCCUAUCUGUUACACCGAGUACAAGGAUCCUAGGAUGCUAGACUGCUCACACAGCUUCUGCCUGAAAUGUCUGCAAGAACUCAGACUGACACAAAAUAAGGACGACAAGAGUAUUGUCUGUCCGUUGUGUCGAAAGGAAACUGCCCUGACUGAAGCCGGCGUGGACAUGCUACCUGGAGGUUCAAAGUAUGUCAAUCAACAGGAACAGACUGAAGGUCAGGGGUUAAAAGUCAUGUGUCAGGCAUGUGAUGAGGAGAACGAAGCCAUUUCUCGAUGCAUUGAUUGCAAGCAUUAUCUCUGUCAAGAAUGCCUGAAGGCACACAAUCGAUUGGCAUCACUGAGGGCUCACAAGAUUGUAGACUUGACCGAGCUACCUGUUGACUCCCAAGAAGUAACAGAGGACACUGAACUCAAGAAAGUUCCCAAGUGUUUCAAGCAUCCAGAUCAAGAUCUCUGUCUGUAUUGUAACACAUGUGAUGUCCUCAUAUGCAAUGAAUGCACAAACAUUGACCACAAAGAAUCCAUGCAUUCUUAUGAAGAGAAAGAAAAACAACUCAAACUGGAGGCCAGGGCCAUUGCCACCAAACGAGAUAAACAAUUUGCAUAUGCGGUAACGUCUGAGAAGAUUCUGGGUGAAGUGAAUGAAGCGAUGACUACAGCAACGUGCUAUGAGAUCCUGAAGUCCAGGAAGAAAAUGCUGCGGGAUUUGAAUGAGAAGGUGGAGGUGCAUAAGAGUUUGGAUAUCAAGCAUGGGAAGUCAUUCCUUGGCUUUAAGGAGAGUAAAGAGGAUGGUCAGCUUGGGACUCUGCUCUUGGAGGAGAAAUGGGAGAGAGAUGAGGCCUUUGCAAGAGUGUACAGCACAAACCAUAUUGCAGCAUACUCCACAAGUGAAAUGGUCGUGGCACACAAUGGUAAACUGCGUACAUUGGAUCCAGCGGGGAAGUUGAUAUCUGCAAAGACCAACAAACCUGACCCUGAUAAACCAAACGAACCCCAUGACCCUAAUGACAUACAGAAAGCAACAGCUCUAGCCAUCAACAAGGAUGAUCAACUUCUGAUCCUAGACAAUCCUGCAGUCAAGUUCUUCACCAAGGAAUACCAACUCCUUCAUCAGUUCCUACCGGGUAAAGAGGCCGGCGUGGAUGGCACACCGACAUGCCUGGCAGUGGACAGCAGCAAUCUGAUAGCAGAACAGUGUGACUAG